UGGUACAAACAACAUUUGGAAAGAGCAUUAAGUGGUCCGCUGAAACCCUCAGUAAUUUUCAAGUGGUCCGUGAAAAAAAAAAAAGUUUGAGAACCACUGCUCUAGUGGUCAUCUUGCCUCACAUUUGAGACUAAGUGGGCUGUGUUUGACAGUGGCUCCCAAAUAUAAAAUGUGCUCUCUCUAGUAUUUACUGUUGAUGAGCAUGGUAGAAUCCUGCUGUUCUUCAUUUAAGUUCUAAUGAGAUUUCAUUUUAUGAUUAUUUUUUAAUAGUAGCACCUAUAAGCAAAUUAUUGGGGACCCAUUGUGGCUAGAUGCUAUACAACAAUAGAGUAAGAGACAGUCUCUGCCCUGAGGCGUUUACAAUCUGAAUAAGAUAACUUUCAGAGACAUGCAUAUGUGGCUCCACUAAUAUAAUUGUGCCUUUUGGAAGAGAUGGGAGGGGAAGAUGACGAUGAAAAAGAUUCUGAUUCUUAUAGAGGCACUUAAUGCCGUAUCUUCUGUAUUUGAAAUUUAUAUACAAAGAUGUACAAUUAUGUGCCUACAUUUGCUUCUUGCAAAUUGAACAGGUGAGUGUACAAAUCUCUCAGGCGUUCAGUUUUUAUAGUCAGUUGUAAUUGUGCACUCAAAUUUAGACAUGCAGUUGUACAUGCAUUUCAUAAACAGACCUCUGCUUUAAAUGUGACCCUGAAUGUUUGGAAGAAUACUUGGCUUUUGAAUGAUUUUUUUCCCCCCUUUUAAAUUCUUUUUUUAAUGACCUAGAUAGUGACAGCCUUAGUAAAUGCUAUCCUAUUUUUGUGAAUUUGUCCAGAUUACUCUCUAUUGGGUAUAGGCCUCUUGCUGUUAUGAAAUCUCCUCCUCCUCCUCCCUUAUGUAAGAGUACCAAGUUCUCUGGGAAGCACAGCACUAUGUGACCACUUCCUGUUCAAGCUGCAGCUGUCAGGAUUUAUUAAUAUCUUCUGGUGGGGGUUUGUUGGCAGUAUGUAAGACACACUUUAGUGCAUUUCUAUCUGGGACUAUUUGAGCUAAUUGCAGGGGAAAUCCAGUGAAUAAAUCUUUUUAUAUCUCUAUCUUUAUUGGAAGGCCAAGAGAAAGAUUCAGGUAUGUUGAUAGAUACAAUAAAACACAGCUUUUAGACGCUGGAUACCAUAGAAAUUCUUACUGCCUCAAUUUUCAGAAUAUAUUCUAAUUAAUCUGAAUUACUUUCACUGCUUAUAUUAACUAGUGCAGAUUAGUCAUUGAACUGUUUAGUGCUGAAGUGCUUUUAGUUAAUCAUAGUAAUAGAGUAUAAAAUCUAUUAAACAUGCUAUGAAUUAACAUUCAAAGUCUAGCAGGAUGUUGUCUAGUUCAGUACACAUAAUAUUGUAUUACGGAGAUGACCUUCAGAAGAAAAUACGUGUGGAUGCUAUGAAGCGAAAUGUUUUUGCAGUUUAGAACGGUUGUGUAGUGAAACAAUAUUGUCUGUCAUGUGGAGUGCUAAAAGUCUGUUUAACAAUAUUCAUUUCUCUGACAAUCUGAAGAAAACGUAUGCAUUCUACACUGUGGAAGUAGAGGACAAACUGAUCAGUAUAACAUUUACUAACCUGUCCAUUAGCUAAUUGAUGAUUUUAUGUUGUCCCUGUAUGGGUUAACAAUGAUAGAGCACUAUGGUGGUAGGGCAAAUCUGUACCUGUUGUGUGGAUAAAAUCAUAGAAUUUGAAGACUGAACACACCACCAGCUCCCUAACAAUGCAGGAAUGUUUUUUUACUUUACAUUUUCUAGUCUAAUUUUAAAUAUCCCAAGCAAAAGGGUAUUCACAUUUCCCCAGAGGAAAUUCUUCUACAGUCCAAUAGAUUUUUACUGUCUGGAAGUUGUCCCUCAUAUUCAGCCUAUAUUUUCACUUUCAUAACUUUAUUCCUUUAUUGCUGUUUAUAGAUCCUCUCAAUCCUCUCCCUCUUUGGUAUUAAAAUAUUUAUAAAGUAUUAUCAUAUGCUGCCCACAACCAUUCCUUAGCCACUCCAGCCAUUUGUAGUUCUCCUAAUCUAUUAUUCAUAAAUCUUGCUACCCUGGAUCAUUUUUGUAUUACUCUUCUCUGAACUCCUAAUUUAUCCAUAUUCAUCUGAUAAUGAAGUUUCAAGGACUGAACAAAUACUCAGAUCAGUUGAACUAAAUCCAUGCACAGAGGAACUAUUAACCUCAUUCCUUGCAUGGAUGCUUCUGUAUAUGCAGUCCAAAAUUGCAUUGCCUUUAUUGCAAACUUUUGUGUAAUUUUUUUUUCCCCUAUCACUCCAAACUCUUCGGGCAUUACAACUUUCCAUUGAGUAUAUGUGUUUUGAGUUCUUUCUGUGUGUGUGUGUGUAUGUGUGUGGCAUUUUUUCAGUUAAGUGUUUUCUUGAAUUUUUGUAAGUUGAAUCUCAUUUUGUAGUUUUCCUCCUAUGUUUCUAAUCUUUCUAGAUCUCUUUGUAUUAUUUCUCUGUUCCGAAUGGCAUUUGCAACUCCUGCUUCCUGCUUAUCAUGUAUUAAUUUAAUUAAUAGGCUUUUUACACCUCCUUCCAGAUAAUUAACGAAGUGAAGCAAGGCCAGAUCUUAUGGCAAUCUCUGAUGCUAUGCUGGACAGUUUUCUCCUCCGCCAUACAUUUCUCAUGAACUUUUUGUGGUCUUUCAGCCGUAUUCCUAUUCAAGACAAUUUGAAUUAAUUUUCAAGUAAGAUUUAAUAAAAUAGUAUUAAAUCCUUCAGUAAAAUCCCAAAUUUCUGUCAACUGCAUUUCCUUAAUCUAUUUUUUCUUUGAGAAUAAAAAAAAUCAGAUUUGCUUUAAGAUUUAUUCUUUGAUCCAUGAUUCCAUGCUCCUUUAGAUAUUUAGUGAUUUUUUUUUUCCUUGACAUUCCAUUAUUUUACUAAUGAUGGAAGUUAUUUAUAGGAUUGUAGUUGCCAGGAUCACUCUUGUCUUUACUUUUUUGAAAAUCAGUACAAUAUUUGCUUGUGUACAUCCUGCCAGUAUCUUCCCAGUUCUUUAUGAUUUUUUCAAAAAUAAUUUCCAUAGUUCAAUAAAUUCAUUAGCUAAUUUUCUUAAUUGCCUAGGUAGCCAUGUCAUGUAGGUAAGCAAGUUUGUAUAUAUCCAGGUUUUCCAAGAAUUCCUUUAUUUGUUUAAUAAUAAUUUUUACAAGAGCUUCCUUUCUUUCUAAUUGUUCAUCCCUAGUUUUUAUUUUAUUUAAAACAUUUGAAACAAGUUCAGAUUGUGAUUCAUUUGCGUCAUUAAUUGAAUCACCACAGUCGUUUGUGUCAUUUCAUUACUGGUCCCUGCUUUGUCUAGUACUGCCUGCCUGAUAAUAUUUUUAAAACUCCAUCUUACCUAAAAAGGAUAAUAGCCACUCAUUUUUUAAAACCACCUUUAUAUUUUCCCUGCAAAUCUUAACUGUGUAUUCCUCAUUGUUUGCCUCAGCCAUUUUUCCUAAGCAGAAUUUUGGUUUCCAGCACCUUUUUACGCACAAAAUUCUUUCUCUCACACAUAAUGUAUAUAUUUAAAUAAAUAACAUUCCAUUUGAUAUUUUAAUAAGUAUAUUUUCUGUCCAGUACUGUAUCACAUGAAAUGGACAUACCAUCACAAUGUAAUAAUCUGAUAUCGGCUGAAUUAACAAGGAAACCAGAAUACAAGGAAGAUAAAAAUGAAGAUGAACAGACCGUUGCAGAAAUCAUGAGAAGGCGUUUUUCUCCUGCUGUUGUAACUAACAUAUCCUGGGAAGGUUUUCGCUUUGCUGACCAUGAGAUAAAAAUUAGAGAAGCCACUGAAUGUUAUGGGGCAGUAGUCUGGCCAUCGGCUCUUGUUCUAUGUCACUUUUUGGAAGCAAAUGCUGAAAAAUACAGCCUGGUUGAUAAAAAUGUAAUGGAAAUUGGAGCUGGAACAGGGUUGGUCUCCAUAGUAGCCACUUUACUUGGUGCACGUGUAACUGCCACGGACCUGCCUGAAGUACUAGGAAACCUUCAGUACAAUAUUCUCAAAAAUACCAAAAUGAAGUGUAAGCAUCAGCCCCAGGUUAAAGAACUGUCCUGGGGAGUUGAUUUAGAGAAAAACUUUCCCAAGUCUUUGUGUCAGUUUGACUACAUCCUGGCUGCUGAUGUUGUGUACUACCAUCCCUUCCUGGAGGAGCUGCUUCUUACCUUCCAUCACUUGUGUCAGGAUAACACUGUUAUUCUCUGGGCCAUGAGAUUCAGGCUGGACAAAGAGAACCAAUUUAUAGUCAGAUUUCAGGAAUUGUUUGACCUGGAGGUAAUUUCCAAUUUCCCCAGUUUAAACAUAACAUUGUAUAAGGCAAUGAGAAAAGGCAAGAAGAUGAUGUGAUGUUCCAACUUGAGUGUUAGAAAGUGUGUGUGUGUGGGGGGGUGGGAGUAUGAGUUUGAGUUUUUUCACAGGUUCCAUGUUAACGCUUGAUGACACCUGUAGAUUAUGCAAGCAGCAUGCCUUUUGGGAUGUCAGUUCAGCAGAUGGAUGCCUCUAUCCCCUUCAGAAGAGAGUCACUUCCCACCACCCUUUGCCUUCUCUUACAUAGGGUGAUUAUGAGCCUCUCUUCCUCAUGUUGUAGACUUUAACAAAUGGUCUUGCAUAAGAAUAGUGCAGCAUACUACCAAUUCCCUUUUAAAAAAAAAUUCUCAAAUCCUUGGAGCUUUGCCCCUCUCAAAAUAGACCACUGUGGACCUCUAGCUCUGAGAGCACAAUACUAACAAUUGCCCUCAAGGCAAUGUUUUGCAUCACUGCCUCCUUGUGGUAGCUUGAGACCAUAAAGACCUACUUUGUAUGCUUAAUUAUGGGCAGAUCAGAGAAAAAAGUUGCUUAGCAUCUUUGGAAAGGCCCACUGUGACUGUCUGUAUCCCUGUAUUCACCUUUUUACAAAACUAUAAUGCAUUUUGUACAAAGUGUGCUUGUGAGGUAUCAUUUGAAAAUUCAUAAUUUACUGAUCAUUAUUGUCCUGAUAAACUGUGUGUGACAACAUUGUAUGUAAAGUUAUAAGGCUCUACUCUGAGAUUUAUUGAGCCAUAUUCCAAGUCUGCAAAAGCAGGCACAAACCAGUCCCUCAAAGACACAAGGCAAAUCGACGCCUCAGUCAAGUGUCAACAAAAUCACAUGGUCUAUCGCCUGGUAAAGCUGCCAUUCUUUGGUAAGAAAAAGGGUGUGAGUAAGAAAUGUAUAUCUUGGCAAAUAAACAGCUGGAGGUUUCCAUCUCCUCAGACCUUCUGUCUUCUGAACCUCAGCUGGAGAUAAUUUUCAAAAUAAAAGAGAACCAUAAGAAAGGGGAGCAGAUGCCUCAAAAUACUCCUCUCUUUCUCUCUACCCAUGACAUCAACAACACCUGAAAGACAAGGAAAGUAACACUGGACCGGGGAGGGGCGCUAGGGGAAAAGAAUCCUGGCCAACUGAAAUCCAGACCGUAAGACUGCUCAAACAUGUGGUGAGAGAGACCUCUGCUUUGAAUUAAUUUAGCUUGUUAAGUUAGAUGUUAGUUGUGUUUUACCUUUUAUUUUCUUGUAACCAGUUCUGACUCUUAUGCCUCAUUACUU